CAUAGCAUAUACCAUAGGUGUUCUUGUUUCUUUCUCUGCGCAAGAUCCGAUUCCCCAACAUCCUAUCGCUCUUUAUCUUAUAUCAAUCACCCUUUCGCCUAUCAUACACCUUUUUUUGUACCCUAUUUCCUUUUGUUUUUUUCCUGUGAAAUGAAUUGUUGAUUGGUUCAAUGAUUUAUACUUUUGGCUUUUCACUUAUGAAUUUUUCUUGAUUUUUAGGUGAAAUUACCAUUUUUGGUGGUGGAGUUUGGAUCUAAUUUAGAUAAAAGGGCGGGUUUAAUUCCUAGGCAGAGAACACAUAAUAAUUUCAUAUAAAAAUUGAAUCUUAUUUGGGUUUGAUUGAGGGUCUCAGAAGAUGGUGACAGUGAAUAUUGGAAUGCUCCAUUAUGUAUUGGAUCAUGUAUAUGGUGCGUUUGUUCACAGAACAAAACUAAGCCCACCUUUCUUUUCUAGAGGAUGGGGAGGUACAAAGCUUGAGCUUUUAGAGAAAAUGAUUAAGCAAUUGUUCCCCGAUGUUGAAGGACAGAAUUGGCCUCCCACAUUGGUACAACCUGUUUGGAAAACUGUUUGGGAAUCUCAAACGGCAACUCUCAGAGAAGGUUUUUUUACGACUCCUUGCCAUGACCAGCUGCUUAGUGCAUUGCCUCCAGAGAGUCACAUUGCAAGGGUUGCUUUCCUCGCCCCCAAAUAUACCCCGCCUCAUAAGACGGCCUGUGUCGUUCAUCUUGCUGGUACGGGAGAUCAUACUUUUGAGCGAAGAUUGCGUCUUGGCGGUCCAUUACUGAAGGAAAAUAUAGCAACUAUGGUGCUUGAGAGCCCCUUCUAUGGAAAAAGACGUCCAUUGCUGCAGCGUGGGUCAAAGCUGUUAUGUGUUAGUGACCUUCUGCUAUUAGGACGAGCCACCAUUGAAGAGGCCCGUAGUCUUUUACAUUGGUUGGACUGUGAAGCGGGUUUUGGAAAGAUGGGUAUAUGUGGACUUAGCAUGGGAGGAGUACAUGCUGCUAUGGUUGGUUCAUUGCACCCAACACCUAUUGCUACACUCCCUUUUCUCUCUCCACAUUCCGCUGUUGUGGCGUUCUGUGAAGGGGUACUAAAGCAUGCCACUGCAUGGGAAGCACUGAGAGAUGAUCUUUCCGUGCAUGAGGCUUCAAUGACUCUUGAGGAAGUGAAAGAACGGAUGCGAAAUGUGUUGUCUCUCACCGAUGUUACACGGUUUCCAAUCCCAAAAGAUCCCAGUGCUGUAAUAUUUGUUGCCGCCACAGAUGAUGGCUAUAUUCCAAGGCACUCAGUGCUAGAACUUGAAAAAGCUUGGCCUGGCUCAGAAGUUAGAUGGGUUAGAGGAGGGCAUGUAUCGUCCUUCCUUCUCCAUAAUGGUGCAUUUCGCAGGGCGAUAGUGGAUGGUCUUAACAGACUACAAUGGAAGGAGUCACCUCUGUGACAUUGCCAUAUUUGUGAAUAACACACCAUGUAAUUAUCAUGUGUUCUUCUUCGCCACUAAUUCUCAUUGAAAUUGAUAGUUGAUUCACUGGGCCACAGUUGAUAUUAUUAAGCAUUUGCUGGAAAAUGAAAAGGUGCUGGAAAAGCUUUCAUUCUUUGCUUCUCCGUGUUGUUGUGUUACUUCGAAGUACAGUCUUUGUUGAGAGCUGUCAAACAAAUAAGGCAUCAUUGGUGAAAUUUCCACCUUUAAUUUUUAUCUAAUACUUGUUGAACUGUA